AUGCCAACAAAUACCAAAGAAAACAAACCUAUAAUAUUGAAUGCUUUUUGUAUGGGUACUCUGGGAUUACAAUGUCCAGGAUUAUGGAAAAAUCCAAAGGAUAAAUCUAUCAAUUUUGAUAAGAUUGAACAUUGGAUAAAUUUAGCUAAAUUAUUAGAAAAGGGUAAAUUUAAUGCAAUUUUUUUAGCUGAUGUAUUAGGACCAUAUGAUGUUUAUAAUGGACCACAAAAUUUAAAACCAGUUGCUAUUAGUGGAGCACAAUUUCCAACUAUUGAACCAAGUGCUGCUAUUUCUGCAAUGGCUUCAGUUACUAAAAAUUUAAGUUUUGGAAUUACAUUUCUGACAAUGAGUGAAGCACCAUAUCAUUUAGCUAGAAGAUUAGCAACUUUAGAUCAUUUAACUAAUGGUAGAGUUGGAUGGAAUGUUGUUUCUAGUUAUUUGGAUUCAGCAGCAAGAAAUUUAUUAAAUGGAGAAGAUUUAACUCCACAUGAAGAAAGAUAUAUUAAAACUCAAGAAUAUAUUGAUGUUGUUUAUAAAUUAUUUUUAUCAUCUUGGGCUGAUGAUGCAUUAGAAUUGAAAAAUGGAAUUUAUACAAAUCCUGAAAAAAUUAGAGAAAUUAAUCAUGAUGGGAAAUAUUAUAAAGUUCCUGGAGUUUUUGUAACUCAUCCAACUCCUCAAAGAAUGCCAGUUGUUAUUCAAGCAGGUACUUCUAAACUGGGUAAAGAAUUUGCUGCUCAAAAUGCUGAAAUUGUAUUUAUAACUCAUUUCACUCCUCAAGAAUUAGGUAAACAAAUCUCUGAUAUUAAAAAAAUUGCUAAAGAAAAAUAUGGACGUCCUGAAGGUUCUAUUAAAUUUUUACAAUUGAUUACUCCAAUAGUUGGUAAAACACAUGAAGAAGCAGAAGAGAAAUAUAAAGAGCUUCAACUGUAUGGAGAUCAAGAAGGUGCUCAAGCUUUAUUUUCUGGUUGGACAGGUAUUGAUAUUGGUAAAUAUGGACCUGAUGAAAAUAUUAAUGAGAAUGGUACUAAUGCAGUUAAAUCAUUUUUAAAAUUAUGGAAUAAAAAAUCACCAAAUGAACCUGAAGGAGUUGCUAAAACUAGAAAAGAAAUUGCUAAACAAAUUACUGUUGGUGGAUUGGGUCCGGUUUUUUAUGGUACUGCUGAAGAAAUAGCUGAUGAAAUUCAACAUUGGGUUGAAGUAUCAGGAGUUGAUGGAUUCAAUGUUACUUAUGCCGUUAAUCCUGGAACUUUUGAAGAAUUUAUCGAAUAUGUAAUACCAGAAUUACAAAAUAGAGGUUUGGCACAAUUGGAUUAUCCUAAAGUUCAAGGUGAUCAUACUUUAACUUUUAGAGAACAAUUAUUUGGUACUGAAAGGAAAGAUCCAACUUAUUUCUUAGAAAGUCAUCCUGCUUAUAAUUUAAGAUGGAGAGCUGGUGAAUCUAAAGAUGAAUUUGAAAGAAGAAUUACUAAAAAGAGAAAAUCUCAAACCCAAACUGUUGAGUAA